AUGGGAAAACGCAAACAUAAGGAGUCUCAAGAACGCAUUAGGAAGAAAAUACGAAAAUUGGAGAAGCGGCUGCGACGUCAUGAAGAUUCGGACAGCAGUAAUGAAAGUCAUGUCAGGGGUGACCGACACUCGGCAUAUUCCUAUUAUGAAGACUCAAUUAUGGAAGUAACGGAUUCGGACGCCUCAAACUCACAUACAGACAUUCGAUCGGCCGUACAUGUCGUAGAGAUUAAUAACGAGCCGCUAACGGGUGGUUCGCCAAAACCUACGACAGCACAAAUUGUAUUGGAGCCGUCAACAUCGAAAUCAGCUAAUCAGCAGGAUUUAAAUACUACUUCUGUGAACUCUGGCGACUGUCAGACUACUAAUAUACCUACCGAUAUUUUAGACAUAUUAGGAAAUUCAAAGAAGAAAGAAGAGGUUUUCGGGCCACAAAUUCAGGAAGAAAUCUCUAAACGCUGGGGACGUAUACUAUGUGAGGGUCUAAAUAAAGAACAAAAGAAAGAGCUUAUAGAAAAUAUUCUAGUACCUGAAAAUUUUCAAUUGGUUAAGGCACCAAAUUUAAACCCUGAAAUAGCGGCCGUAUUGACAGAAUCGACUAAAAAUCGAGACAAACGUUUGGAAAAAACCCAAAAUUAUCUCGGUCUUGGAAUAUCGGCAUUAACCAGUUUAAUAUCUUCUCUUGUUGAAAGAGAUAAUAAUGUGGAUAAAAUGCAGAUAAUUAAACGUUUAUCUGAAACAAACCAAAUCUUAUUGGAUUUACACUUUGAAAGUACGCUCAACCGGAGGAAACUAAUUACAUAUACAUUGGAUAAAAAAUUCGUGGACCUUGUGCAAGAUGUACAAAGAGACUCGCUUCUUUUUGGAGAAAAUCUUACCGAAAAGAUUAAAGCGUCAAAAGCCGCUGAAAAGUCGGUCCUUCAAUUUAAGAGAGUUAACACCUCAGAGGUAUCAGCUCCAAAAAAGUUUACAAGUCAACAGGAAAACUGGAGGGGCCCACCCCGUCAAACUCAGCGUGGCAACAGACGAGGUGGGGCCAAGACUCGACCGACUUAUCGCUCCACAAGACGACCUGCUCCAACAACGGACCACUACCAGGACUCGUUGAAGUCCCAUCCACGAACCAAAUCCCACCCGAGGAAUCGAUAG